GAACAUUUCAUAGUGUGCUGGAAAGGGGAAAUGAAGUGAAGCUUCAGUCCAUGAUGAAGAUCCUCCUCAUCUGCACCCUCUCCCUGAUCUCGGGUUCCGUGGGCUGCUCUGAUGUAAAGGGCUACUCGGGAGGAAGCGUCAUUAUAAUCUCUAAUCUAAAAUGGGAUUCAAGACAAAGUAAAUAUGUUUGUAAGGUGGGAAAAGAAGCCUGCAGAGAUUUAAUACAUUUUAACACCAAAGAGGACUAUGUUAUAGUAGAAAGAUUCAUGCUGUAUUCAAACACAAAAGGAUAUAUGACAGUGUUUAUCAGACAGCUGAAGCUACAAGACGCAGGAACAUACAGAAUAGGAGUAGGGACUGGGAAGAGCACUGAUGUAAACCUGGCAGUUGUUAAUGAUUCCUGUUGUUCUGGGCCAAAAAUAAUAAAUGCUUGUCUUGGACAAAAUACCAGCAUCAUCUGUAACUAUCCAGCAGUGUAUGAGAGAAACUACAUACAUAUCAAUAAACUCGAUAAUAACCGUGUUAUUAAACACAUUCUUAACACUCAGACAAAACCUCAGAACGGCAGAUUCUCCAUUUCCAAUGACACAAGUGCUAAAGUUCUCAGUGUGAACGUCAGUGAAGUGAGAGAAGCUGAUGAUGGAGUUUAUUUAUGUGGAGUGUAUAUCGGAGAGGGCUCAGUCCCGUUUUACUCCUACUUCACAGAGAUCCAGCUACACAUUCCAGCAAUUCACAUGAUAACAUCCGCAGCACCAAAAGAAAUCCCAUCUGAUGCUGAAUGUUUCAGUUUUUUUUUCAUCAUCGGUGUGUGUGUCUGUGUGGCUCUGCUGCUGAUUGGAGGAUUUGCACUGAUGAUCUACAAAAUGAGACACAAGAGAACACACGAUUCAACACCUUCAUCCACAGACAGUGAAGAGGCUUCUUCUGUUUAUGAGAAUGACUUGGAUAAUUUACCCCCAUAUGAAAACUUGAACAGUGUAAUGAGACUGAAUCAUCAGAAUCUGCAUUCAAUUACAAGCCAAUCAGAUUCAACAUACCAAACACUGGACCCCCGCACCAACCAAGCUGAUUCAGGCUACACAUCUCUGACUUACACCACCGACCAAUCAUAUUCACACUACCAAUGUCUGAAUCCUAGAACUCAGACUAACUCCGUUUACCACACCCUGCAUUCUUAAUGCUUACUUUUUUAUUUAUUCUUUUAAUUGUGAUGCAAAGUAAAAAUGUAAUUGUGGUGAAUUGCUGUGGUAAAAGUUUGGACCUGAUGUUAUUGGAAUAUAAUCACCUCAGGCUGGCAAUAGUAACUCCCUAUAAUUGAUUAUUUCCCAAUAACAGCUCGCUCAAUCGUGUUUUAUUCUGUACUGUUACUUCUGUACUGUUUUAUUCAUGUCAAUAAUGUAAACUUAAAACUGUGAUGUAAUGUUAAAAAAAAAAUGGGGGAAAAUGUAUAUCAUCUAUAUGUGAAUGAAAUGUUGGUGGCAUGAUGACGUGGUAUUAGGUGAGGAUUGCAUCGUAACACUUGAGUGAAACUCUAUGCCAUAUAAAUAUCAGUUUUAUAAGUGUACUUGCAUAUUGAGUGAAAUUUGAUGGCAAAUUCAUGUAAAGAAAAACAAAAUAAAUUAUUUUAACUUUAAUAAUCAAGGUGCAUGUGAGCAGUUCUUCAUCAAAAAAAAAAUUUCAAUUUUAAAUGUUUUGUCUGUGGAUAUUUCAGUGAUCAUUGUUACGGAGCAGAGUGAUAAACAGGAAGUAAGUGCUGUAACAAUCAUAAAUUGUAGGAAGCUGCUUAUUAAUUU